AUGGAUGAUGCAAAAGGCACUGCUGAAGCAGGACAUGUUCUUGCUUGGGCCGGCAGGCCCUUUGCUCAGGCAUAUUGCAUUUCGCUUUUGCGAAGUACUUGGACGAGAGAUGGAAUAUGUGGGCAUCACGCAGGAUACAGGUAUGUGGAUCAACCACCUGUAAAAGCUGCAAUUCAUGGACGGGUUUUGGUGUUGGAGGGCAUCGAAAAAGCCGAGAGAAAUGUGCUCCCGCUGUUGAACAAUUUGCUGGAAAAUCGUGAGAUGUCACUGGAAGACAGGCGCUUCCUUUUAUCUCCAAAUCGAGCAGCAGAACUUGUACAGCAACUUCAGGGUGAUGAGCUGGCGAAGCUUGUGCCGGUGCAUGAAGAUUUCUUGGUCAUAGCAUUGGGGUCGCCGGAUCGUGGAAACCCUUUGGAUCCUCCUUUACGGUCCCGCUUUGCGGCACUCCAGCUCCGACAGAUGCCUUCAGAGCUACUGCAGCCACUCGCGGCUCUCGCACCUUCCCUUCCACUUUCGGAGAUUGAGAGGCUUUUGCUGGCAACAUCUCUUCUUCAACCAGGAAUGUCAACAGCCUUGGGAUCUGUUGUCAAACUCCUGGCCAUGCUACCAGGUCUCAAUGCUUGGGAUCUUCUGAAAAGGGCGUGCCCAGGGGCUGCUGGGCUUGUACCACAGAUCGAGAAGCUGUGCAUUGACAAGGCGCUGGAAAGCCUCAGGCAAAACACCAUGAACACCAGCUACAGUAUCGUUGGAGUGCGUCUGCUAGAUGCAAAGGAUGACACUAGGGUCGCAAUCUUGCAGUUUCAGAAGACUCUUUCGGCAAAGUUCACGAAAGACGUUGUGGAAUUGCUUGCGCCAUGCGGGUCUUUUUUGAGCGAGGCAAAUCUGCCUGAUGAUGAUCAUGGAGACGAGGAGGAUUCUGAGCUAGACAGAAUGAGUGCCAAGCAGUUGCGUUGCUGGCUCAAAGACCAGGGUGUUUCAGACUCUGGUUGCCUGGAGAGAUCCGACUUCUUGGUCAGGGCCAAGGACCAUCUCAAGGAGCUUGGGGAGCACUCCUUUCCACCGCCGGGUAUUCUGAGCAGGCCCAUCGGAAGUGUGUCACUCACACGGUCGCAAGCAUCCAUUCUCUCCCAAGUCAUCAUGGAUCAUGCAGCUGGGUCGGACAUUGCUCUGAUUGGCGAAAAGGGCUCAGGGAAAUCUACUUUGGUGAAGGCGUUCGCAUCCAUCUUGGGCUACAGGACUCGCGACAUCUUCUGCUACCGCGACAUGAGCUCAAGAGACCUGCUACAACACCGUACGACUGAUCCUUGGGGAAACACGGCUUGGGCGGACUCUCCAUUGGUGCAGGCUGCGAUUCAUGGCGACUUGGCGGUACUGGAUGGCAUUCAUCGUUUGGCCAAGGGAACACUUUAUGGCGCUUUGGGACCUCUUUUGGCAGACCGAUGGUGCUCACUGCCAGAUGGAACGCUUCUCUUCUCUGCCAGCCAGUGGUCCACAUUGAUGAACAGAGGUGAGAAGGUGAAAGCAGCGCUGCUGGCCUCAGGAGCUCGGAAGGUCAGCCCUGCGUUUCGAGUGAUCGCCUGUGGUGACUUGCCAGAGCCUUCAAAGCCCGGCAUGUCUGGAAACUGGAUCGAUGAUGAGGUGUCAACGCUCUUCAACUUUCACGUGCUGCUGGACCUUCCAUUUCCUGAACUGCGCAAAUUGGUUGAGACUGUUGCCUCCAACCACUCGAAUGCUGACAACGAGGCAAAGCAGCGCAUCGGCAAGCUUCUUUCCUUCAGCCAAGCGGUAAAGGCUGCAUGCAAGGACCCUGAUCUGAAGCCACUGCAGCUGAGCCUGCGAGCUUUGUUGAGGACUGCCAAGCUUUUGGCAAGCCAGAACGAUUUGGCCGGUGCACUUGAUAGAGCUUUCUCAGCACGCUUCAAGUUUCUGGAAGCCUUUCAGCGGGUGAAGGGCGAGAAGCUCCUUGCCGAGGCCGGAAUAGAAGCCUUGGAGACCACUGCAAGAUCUGCAGAGUUGUCGCCCAAACAAUUGGACUGCUUGCGACGGAGUCCUGCUCGUCCAGAGCUUGUUCCAAAGGUGCAAUUUGUGCAGAUCGCCAACCACCUCGUGGUGCUGCAGAACAUGUUGGCCAGCUGGAGUGCUGGGCAGCACCUUUUGCUGGUUGGCAAUCAGGGGGUGGGCAAGAACAAGCUUGCUGACCAUAUGCUGUCGUUGCUCUGCUGCGAACGUGAAUAUGUCCAGCUCCAUCGAGACACUACGCUGCAGAGUCUGACGGUGACGCCAACCCUUCAGGCUGGGGUCGUGUCUUGGCGAGACUCGGCGCUUCUUCGUGCUGCCAAAGCAGGGCGAUGCGUGGUGGUGGAUGAGGCCGAUAAGGCUCCACUGGAGGUGGUGUGUAUCCUGAAGGCGGGGUUGCGGGGGUCAGAGGUUGCAGGGUUCCCCGGGUUCCCCAAGCAACAAACCAAUUGA